UACUGAAGAUGAAGUCCAGCCUGGUUGUAACCACUCUUCUCUGCUUCACCACCUGGAUGAGCUUGGCCUUUGCCAGACCCGGAGAAAGCUGUUGUGUAUCAUGGUCCAAAACCAGAGUCCCACUUGACCGAAUUGUGAAUUAUGCCAUUCAGUCUGAAGAUGCUUGUCGCAUCAAAGCAGUACGGUUACGGACUGUGCUUGGAAAGACAAUAUGCACCGAUCCCAAUGCUGACUGGACAAUAAAAGCAAUGGAGUGGGUGGACAAGAAGAAAGCACCAACAACAUCCACAACAACAACAUCCACACCAACAACAUCCACAACAACAAAGAAAGCACCAACAACAUCCACUGCAUCCCCAACAUCAGGAAACAUCAGUCAGAAGGACAAGGAGACAGGGCAGAGCCUGACUAUGUUAUGUCAAAUACACUGCUGUGUAGUUCCAUGGACUAAGACCAUGUUGUGUCCCACUAACUAGCUAAGCAGCAGCAACAGUAAGUGACAUUACACCAGCAGCGUUAAAAACACACACACUUAAAGACUGGCAGAUUGGGGAAAGAAUACAGGGAAAAAAACAAGAGAGGGAAAAAGGGCAAAGACAUGAAACGACUUCAAAGUUGCCAUAAUCAGCAAAUGUUGUUCUGUUUAGUUAAACCCAUCAUGGUAUGUGUAUAAAUACAGGUUUUAAUUCUACACUGUCUUCUUAUUCAUGCUUCUCUGUUUUGUAAACAUUUUUUCUGUAGUCUUCGUAUGCAUUGCCCUGACCUCUUCUACUAUAUACAUCACAGUAGUCACUCACUUAUUUCCUUUUUCAGAUUCACCCACCAUCUAUUUCUUUGUCAUUUUAAAAUGAGACAAUUACAUUAUUGGUCUCCAUGACUGGUUGUGAAAUGCUGCCUUUAUGCUCUAGGACUGGCAUGUGCUGCCUCCUGCACACACUAUUGAUGCCUACUCUUUCCUGUAUACUACUUCCUUCCUUCCUGCUCUCCAAUACAGCUUUUACCCUUUCUUCUGGUUUGUUCUACUGUGGUAUGAAAUAAAACUGCCUGCAGUCUCUCUCACGAGCAGCUGUGAGGGACGCCACUCAUGUUUGUACUUAUUCUGAAAAUAAAAGAAACACGUAUUUAACCCAGAAAUAUACCCAGAAACUUUGUUUUGUUUAUUUGUGGGAAUUUAUUCUAAUGUAACUCCAAGCUGUGACACAUCUUCAGAUGUUCUAACAAUAUGUUGACAUGAUUAUAGUUCAUAGUAGUUUACAAAGGGGACAAUAUCAUUGUCCUCUUAAAUCCUCUGCAUUUCCAGUGUUG